GGGAGAGGAUGCAUCAUUCUCCUGCAUGGCGUUCCAGGUGUAGGCAAGACUUCAACGGCCGGCAAGUUCCAACAAUGUGUUGCUGUUCACACCAAGAAGCCACUGUAUCCCAUCACCUGCGGAGACAUCGGAUAUAGGCCUGAAGAUGUGGAGAGAAACCUGGGACAUCAUUUUAGAUUAGCACACAAAUGGGGCUGUGUGCUUCUACUUGAUGAAGCAGAUGUCUUCCUUGCCAAGCGUGACGCAUUCUUCUUGCGUAUCCUAGAGUACUACUCAGGGAUUCUGUUCCUCACAACGAACCGUGUUGGAGCCAUCGACGACGCAUUCCGAUCCCGCUUGCAUCUGACCCUGUACUAUCCAAAGCUCACCAAGAAGCAGACAAAGCAGAUCUUCAAGCACAAUUUUGAACGGAUUGCCGACAUCAACACCAACCGAAAACUGAAUGGUUUGCCACCGUUUGAGUAUAAGGAUACGGAGCCUAAAAUCAUGGCCUGGGCAAUGGAAACUUGGAAGGCGCUGAGAUGGAACGGACGCCAGAUUCGCAACGCUUUCCAGACCGUCCUCGCCCUCGCAGAGUUUUAUGAGAAGAGCCGAGGGGACGAGUCCGCACCCCGAGUGGUGACUAAAAAAUACUUCAAGAUCGUUGCGAAUGCCUCCACCCAGUUCAACGACUACUUGCUGGCGACCCAUGGCAUGGACGAGGAUAAGGUGGCUAACCGCGAGUAUAUGAGAGCAUUG